UAAGCCACACAAGUGACACUCGAGGAACCGGAACGUGUUGCUUCUCAAGGUGUCGAGAACACCUAAUAAGAAGACUAUAAAAGGGGAAUUUAUUUGUUCAUUGAUUUAUUUGUGAUUCCCACAGUGAUCAUGAUAGGUGUUCAAGUUGUGAUUCUGUGUAUCUUCUCAGUGGCUCUUGCCAAGCCGUUUUUGCCAUAUUCCAUCAAUUGGAAUUUUCCAUAUGAUACUGACAAUGCUGAGGAAAAAAGUGGCAAUUUUGAAGGUGAUAUGAUUCUCUCACCUAGGCAAAUGAUUGAUCUUCGUUUUCGUACUGGAUUAAUUAAUCUCAAAUAUCGCUGGCCAAACAAAUUGGUGCCCUAUCAAUUAAGCAGUGAGUUUACCAGAGAAGAAUCAGAGUUUAUUCGAGAAGCUCUGGAUUCUAUUGAGUGUGUAUCUUGCUUAAGAUUUGUGGAGAAAAAUUCAUCUCACAGCGAUUUUGUUAAAGUAUCUAGAGAAGUGGAUUCCGGAUGCUUUUCUUCCGUAGGUUAUCAGGCUGGGGAACAACAGCUCAAUUUAGCACCGAAUGAACUGGGUACAGGAUGCUUCCGUAAAGGCACAAUUAUCCAUGAAUUUCUACAUGCAUUGGGAUUUUUUCAUAUGCAAAGUGCUUCAGAUAGGGAUGAUUAUGUCACAAUUGUGUGGGAAAAUAUUAAUCCACAGCAUGUCCAUAAUUUUAAGAAAUACAAUGAAUCUGUAAUUACGCAUUUUGGCGUUAAAUAUGACUAUGAGAGUGUGAUGCACUACCAUAAGACAGCUUUUUCAAUGAAUGACGAAGAUACAAUUGUGCCUAAGGAUCCAAAUGCCGAAAUUGGCCAAAGAAUUGGACUCAGCGAUGGAGAUAUUAAGAGACUUAAUAAGAUGUAUCAGUGUGAUGAAAUGUAAUAAAUCAACAGAUUUUAAAUACC